ACCGUCGAAAAUAAAAAGCCACCGUCUAGAAUUUACUAUCCAAAAUAUAUUUUUCAAUUGAUUUUCCAAGUACUUCAAUCAGUUCAAAACACGCCGAAAAUAUCUUUUUCAUCUAAUUUAAAGCAUUCUCUUUCUAAUAUAUAUCAAGAAUUGAACAAAAAUGUAAUUUUCGCCUUGGAAAUAAAAAGGAAGAAAAAAACACGAGGGAGAGAGAAAGAGAUAUAGAAAAGCGUUCUUAAAACGUUAGAUAAAAUUAUUAUGUCGCACUCGACAUUUCGAAUUAUAGCAAAUGAUGAACCAAUAAAUCGUAACUUAGUGAUCAUCGUUAAUAAAAACGGACAAGUUGCGACUGAUACUGAAGCAUUACAAAAUCUAUUAACAAGUAAAGGUUUUCCUAACACGGGAGUAAGUAUCCUACGUGAAACAUCUCCGACUCCCAGCAUUGUAGACGAAAUUAAUCAGGAGAAAGGUGAAAAAUUGGAACAAAAACGACAAGAAUAUUUAGAUGCUCACAGGGGAGAAGAAAUUGACGAGGAAGAAUUCGAAACUUUUAUGAAACAGUUUGUCUUGACAAUGAAUAAUGAGAUUCCGCAUGUCACUUUAAAUGUUGAAAACUUUUACACGCCCAGUCAAGCAAGAAAGUUUGCAAAUGAUGUUCUGCAUCUUGGAGGAAUCGACAAUCCACAAAGCUUAAUGCCAAUCGAUUAUAAUUUCCGUAGGGAAAUCGUGCAAAAUGAUCAUUGUUAUACGUCUUUAACGAUGUCGCCUCAACAUAUAGAAAAACAAACAACAAAUAAGAAAGGGCGGCAAAAGACAACAGGUACGCGGGAUCAGAAACAUUCACUAGCAAAAAUGAAUCGUCAACAAGCUGAAGAGGAAUCGAGUGAAAACGAUGAAGCGACAUUAGAGGAGGAUGAAGAAUUUGAAGAGGAGCUAUCAGAGGAAGAAGAGGAGAUAAGUUUUUCAGAGUCCGAUGAUGACAAUGAUCAUGAUUUCAGUGUCAACGAUCGCUUUGGUAAAAAGGGAAAGAAAAAGCGCAAGUAUCGAAAGAACAAACAAAGAAUGAUGACUUUCAAGGAUUUUUUGGAGACUGGCGACGUAUCAAAUCUCGAUGAUGAACCAAAGAAGAAAUAUAUAAAGACUUCGACAGCAAAGAAAACAUCCACCUCACGACCAUCAACUAGUGGAAAAAACGUUUUAUCAACAUCUUCUAAAAAUACUCACCAACCAAGUACCAUAAAGAAAGUUAUAUCAAUGCCAACAAAUUUGAAGAACAAUUUGGUGGUACCUAAAGAAAUAACAACAGUUCAAUUCGUACCACUAACAACAAAGACACAAUCCAUCAAUACUCAACUACCGACUCAAAUUUCCGUUCACACAGCACAAUUACCAUCAGUUACUAAGAUCUCAAUGUCUAAUAGCACAAGUACCAGCAGCAUUCCCAACAUUAUGCAAAUGAUGGAAAACAAUACACCUGCAGAGAUUAUUGAUCAAAGCUUAUCAAGUUUGGAACAGAUGGAUUCAAGUGAUGGAGCUGUACCUGGAAUGGAAGAAAUAGGUGACGCGCUCAUCGCGGUUUUAGGAAAUGAAGCACUCGAAGAAAUUCUUAAUCAAAACGAAUUAAUGAACUUUGAUUCAGCCCAACAAAAUGCUUCAACAACAACAACUUCUUCAAUUAUUAAUUUGAAAUCUCCUCAUAAUAAUGUAAGCUCGACACCAACUGAAAUAGUUACAUCGUCUAUUGCAUCUGAUGUCAUAAGUACCAGCAUUAAAAAUGUUUCAUUUCCAACAACAACAUCAAUUCAAAUGCCAAAGAUUCUUAACAAACAAGCUCCAGAAAAGAAUCCGAUAAGAAUUGUUAGAAAUGGACGUCUUAUUACGCUACCACCCAUUACACCGCCCACAACACGAGGAGCAAAACGAAGAGCAGAAGAGGAUUCGCCAAAUACAUCGUUAGUGACAGUUACCAAUAUAACGCCAACAAGCGUUGGUGGAAAAGUUGUGAAAACUGAAAAAAGUCCAUCAACUAAAGAUCCUGAUUCGAGAAACUCAAGCCGUCGAUCAAGUCUUAAUAAAAGUGAAAGUGGAAAAAAAAUUAGACGGCAAAGUGUCAUUGGUACAAGUGUUGACGCUCCUGACGACGAUCUAGAUGACUUAAAUUCUGAUGCAUCUUGGGACUCUGAAGAUGAUCCAGAGCGAUUGUGGUGUAUUUGCAAGCAACCACAUAAUAAUCGUUUUAUGAUUUGUUGCGAUAAAUGUGAGGAUUGGUUCCAUGGGAAAUGCGUCAACGUCACGAAAGCAUCAGCGAAGGAAUUUGAAGCAAAAGGAAAAGAAUGGCGAUGUCCAAAUUGCAGGGCAGCUGAGAAUGAUGGUGGAACUUAUGCAAAGAAGAUUGAUCCCAAUAAAAAGCCUUUAAAUCAACAGAAACUUACAAAGUUCUUUGCAAAAAGUCAAAAAGAAUCGACUGAUGAAGAUAUUGCUAAAACAGUAUGUGUCGUUUGUAAACAGAAAUCUGCUCGUGACAGUUCUAUUUAUUGUAGUGAUGAAUGCAUUCAAAAUCACGCAACAAAACAUAUUGAUGAUAAUUCUCAAUCAUCUCAACCCUCCAAACAUCAGCAAACAUUGUUAAAUCAGGCAAAUCCUGAAACGAAAAAACGUGGAAAUGUUUUGAAAGAUAAGAGUGGAAAUGUGAUUGUUUACGAUAAGAUGACGGGAAAAAUAUUACCGUUGAAACAAUCACCACAUUUUACAGUGUUAGGUAAGUGGUUACAUCAGAAUCCAACAUACGAACCUGUGAAGCCAGGCUCGUCGCAAGCUCAACAGCUUUUGGCCCGAAAUCGCAAUCAAUCGGAGGCAUCAACUUCAUCAAUACAAACACAAAAAUCGACAUCACAACAACAAUCUAAAGCAGUUGGUGAAGAUUUAUUUUCAAAUCCAAUUAAAAUAAAUUCUGGAGCGACACCAUCACCAACAAUUGUAGCUAAUGUAAAAAAAUCUCCAUCUCAAAGUCAGCAUUCUGGUAAUUCUGUUGCAAUUCGUUCUGUUGCUAGUGUGAAAAAUACCUCUGGCUCGAACAAUGUAAGACAGGCAAUAUCAGGGACAGUUUCUUCAUCAGCAAAUCAAAAGUCAUCUCAAAUAUUAAAGCCUGAUGUGGUGAAGAAAGUUAUUAAACGACAGGUGUCUGAAAGUGAGAGCCAAUCAUAUGGUAGCUCUAGUGGCAAAUGUAAAACUGAACAAGAGCGUUUAAGCGUUCGUAAUAUUCUUCGUGACACCUUGAAGAAUCGAAUGCAAGAAUUUGAUCAUCCACAAAUUUCUAGGAUGAAUGACGAAGAAAUUGCUGACUUUUCAAAGGAAACCGAACGUCAAAUGUUUCUUUUCUUCAAUAAAGAUACGCGCGAUAAAUAUAAGACAAAAUAUCGAUCAUUAAAAUUCAACCUUGGUGAUGUGAAGAACAAAACCUUAUUGGAAAAGAUUUGCGCAAAAAAAUUGACACCGAAGCAACUCGUUGAACUUCCAUCAGCUGCAUUAGCAAGUGAAGAAUUAGCAAAGUGGCGUGAAGAUGAAAAUAAACAUCAAUUGGAGAUUAUCACAAAAUCUGAGCUUGAAUCAUUAGCACAGAAUAAAAUUGUUGUGAAGACACACAAAGGCGAGGAAAUAAUUGAGACAAAAUCAGCUCCAACUGAUAUUCUUGUACCGGUCGUUGAUGACGUUGAAUCAGUCAUUGCAAAAACAGUUCUUAGUGUAGAUGAUCCUCAUGGUCGUUAUGAUUUAAGUCGUUCAAUUUCACUUAAUGCAAGUGGUGGAAGUGGAAGCGAUUCGAAAAAUAUUGAGGUGAAAUCUAUGGAUAAUGUUAAGACAUCAAUUGAACAUAUUCAACCAGAUCAACAGGAUGUUGAUCUUGUUGGAAGAAUUCUUGAUUCCAUGGGAGUUCACCUUGAUACUUUAUCAUCAAAAACCGAGAAAAAAAAGGAAGAAACAGGAACAUUAUUAAAACCUGAACUUCAAACUAAUGAUAUUGAUGUAAUGGCAACAACAUCAAAUGUUUUCAUGCCAGUUGAUACGAUUGAACCAGUAGAGAAAAGACUUCCAAUUGAAAUUUAUAGCGGUAACAUGCAUAUGGCUGAUGUUGCCUCAUUUGAUGUAACCGCAAGUGUUGUGUCUGGAAAUGUUGAUGAUAUUCUGAAACUUCUUCCAGCACAACUUGAAAUCGCUGGCCGUAUUGAGCCUCAUACUGUUUGGGAUUAUUUAGAAAAAGUGAAAAAGAUGACAGGCAAGGAACUUUGCAUUUUAAGAUUUUCGUCAACCGACGUUGCUGGUUAUUUCAACUUCUUUAGUUAUUUACAUUCGAGAGAACGUUAUGGCGUCAUUAAGGUUCUAUCACCAAAAAUUAAAGAUUUUUAUGUUGUUCCAGUGGAAGCAAAUCGACCAGUUCCAAAAGUCUUAUUGCCAUUAAUUGGACCUGGCUUUGUUGAAGGUGAAGAUCAUAAACCUGAUUUAUUGCUUGGAGUUAUCUUAAAGAUCUCAUCUGAUAACAAGAUUAAAAAGCCAAAUAUCGUGCGAAAAUCGAUCUCAAAAAAUGUUGCUAUUGAGCAUCCAAUUCAAAUUUUGCCAUCAAAACAUAAACAUGGCAGCAAAUUAACAAUAGGCCUUCCCGAAUUUUCAAAUGAUGAGCUUCAAUUGACAUCUAUCAAACAAUCGCACAACGAUAUUUCAACUGAUGAUGGGAACGAACCUUACACACCAUUUGAUGAUGAAGAUGAGGCAACGUACGCUCAAUUUCCUUCAAAACCAACAACACAAACUUCAACAAAUGAGGAUUUGGAAUCGCAAAUGGAAAUAAUUCAACGUCAAAUUGAGCAACGUCAACUUGAGAUUCAGUCGUUGGCCCAACAAAAAGCUAUGGAAUUAAAUGAAGAGCAAGCGACUAGAAUUUUUGAAAAAAUUAAAGUUCCAGAAAACUUGUCGGAAAUUUUAUCAAAAAUUUCGAAACAAGGGAAUGAAACAAAAUCUCUCGAUAUUAAUGAGGGUGACGAAGAUGAUGAUGAAGAGUAUGUGCCAACAACAAUAGGGAACAUUGAAUAUAGAUCAUCAAGCUUUCCGUCGUUAUCUCAACAACUGACACUGCACCAACAGCAUCCUCCGAUUGUUAACUCAAUGAUGGAUAUUGACGAAAGAAUUGCAAUGUUUCAAAAUGUUUCACAAGAAGAGCAAAUGAUUGAUCAUGUAUCCUCCAAUGAUAAUCAACCAAGUCGUCUCGCAAAUAUGACGGCUGAUGAUUUAAUGAAACUUGUUCCUGAUGGAGCCUUAGAUGAACAAAGAUUAUUAACUACAACGACAACAAACAGUGGAAUCGCCAGAAAUCAACCUCCGAUUCCAGGACUUGAUGACAAUGAAUACAUGAAUUAAUUAAACGUCUAACCAAGUAUAUUGAUAUAUUAAAUAUGGAUAAAAAUCAUACUAACUAUGUAACUGAAUGAAUUGCUUAAUGUACAAUUAAAAUUAAAAUGCUAAUGUAGAAUUUUUGAAAAAGCUAAAAUAUCUAGAUAUAAAUAUUUCAUCGUCGUUUAUUAUCUUAAAAAUAAAGAAAGAAUUCAAUUUAAUAUCUAAUAAACUUCAUUAAUUCAAUUGAUAACUGGAAAUUCUUAUUUUAAGGUUUAUAAAAAGUUCUCAAAAUUUAAUUUUUAAUUUAGUAAUGUACUCAUAAAUAUACUUCUAACGCAAAUAAAUAUGUAAAUGUAAAUGUUUAAGCCAAUUUUUGAAUUUAAGAUAAUACAUAUUUCAAAUACUUGAAGAUAUCUUUUGAUUACGGUUGUU